AUGGCGUCGUCGGCGAAACAUUUUGGUUGUGAUAUCAUCAACAUCGAAUCAGAUGAAGAACACGACGGUGACGGACUAGGUGGUACAGUCGCCGAGGAGGAGGUUUCUCGAUCUGGUUUCCUACCAGACGGCGAAGCAAUGAGUUUUUCCGACUGUUUCCCUGCGUUUAAUCAGAGAGAAAUCGGCGAUUUCUGUCCAUGUUUCCCUUUUGUAGAGUCGAAUUCAGAUUCUGGAUCGGUUUCUAUGGAUUCAGGACCGGAUCCGCGUAGCUGUUUCAUCGAUUUCUUCAAUCGAGAGUCGCACGAGGUGGAUAGAGGCGGCGAGUUUUGCUUAACCUCGAAUCAGAGGGAAAGUACUUCCGGUGAUUUCAGUCUCCAGAGCUUUUACGGGAUGGAUGUGGAUAUUGAUUUAGGGCUCGGAAUCGGGUCGGGUCUAGUACGCGGUGAGAUCGAUGGGGAUUCGGAUAAUGGGAAUAAGGAAAGUGAUUCGGGCCGGGUGGAAGUUGGUACGGGUCUGACUCCUUUUUGGGAUUAUUUCUUGGGCGAGGAAGAAGCUGAUGAAGAACUGGAAUGGGAAGAUUUGCAGAACGCGAUCAAUUGGUUUUUGUUAGAUGAUAGCUUUGAUGAUGGUGUGAUGGAUGUGGAUUUUUUGGACGUUUAUCUAGAUAGUAGUAUAGAGAACUUGUUCGUUAACGAUGCUGUUUUGUUCGAUAAUAACGAUGAUGUAAUCAUGGCAAGUCCUCCAGCAUCCAAAAGGGUAGUGGAGGAUCUUCCUGCUGUGGAAAUUACCUCUGAGGAAUUGAGAGACGGGAACAUUGUUUGCGCGAUAUGCAAAGACGAAGUUUUGGUUGAGGAGAAAGUUAAGAGGCUUCCUUGUAGGCAUUACUAUCAUGGAGAGUGUAUAAUACCUUGGUUAGGGUUAAGGAAUACAUGCCCGGUUUGUCGGUAUGAGCUACCUACUGAUGAUCUUGAUUAUGAAAGGAAUAGGAGAACACAAAGGCGCGGUUUGGUAACGGACUUGAUGUCUGAGUAG